AUGGACAAAAAGUCGAGAUACAACACGCCGCCCUCUGGCAACAAGGGCGCUGCUACUGAUUCUAAAAAAAGUCAAGAUGUCGCCAAUGGUAAAGUCUUCCCAAAGACCUCUAAGAAACGAGAAUCAACUGGAGCAAAUAAUUAUUCGAAAAAUGAACAACCUAGAAAGUCAAGUGUGCAAAAGGCAAGAGCUUUUGAUAAGAGACCAAAACCUAAAGGACAAUAUUAUGGCAGUAAUGAUGAAAUGGCCGAGAUGGGCUCGGUUAUGACCCCAGGAAGUAAAAAACAGAAUUUGAAUCAUCUGUUAAACUUUCACUAUGAACCACGUGAAAAUCGCUGUAACUAUGGAAGGUCGUCGAAGAAUUAUAAUAACAGCAAUCGUUGGUUACCACCUGUUCAGCGACAUAAAUACAAUAAAGAAUUAUUUCUCCAAGCAAACUGUCAAUUUGUGGUGAACUGCAGUGGGAAUUAUUCGAUUCAUCUGAUUGACCCAGAUACUUUGGUGGAUUGGGACCUGAUAGAGCAAAUUAAAGUACAAACAUCAGAAAAUCUCUCCUGUCCCAUUUGCUUGCAUUAUCCAUCUGCAGGAAAAAUGACACGAUGUGGACACGUUUACUGUUGGCCAUGUAUUCUCCACUAUCUCUCACUCUCCGACAAAUCAUGGCGCAAAUGUCCAAUUUGUGAUGAAUCUAUACACAAAUCAGAUCUUAAAAGUGUUGUUCAAGUAACUCACAAUCUAGUAAACAUCGGUGGUACUGUAAAACUUCGUUUAAUGCGUCGUAAACGUGGCUCUUUAUUGGCAAUACCAGUUGGUGAAAAUGAAACUUUGGAUCCAGUAACAUUUUUUUCUGCCUCUGAACAUCCAUCAAAUCAAAUUUACUCAAAAUUAUUGCUAGCUGAUUCAAAGGACAUCUUGGAAAUGAUACAACUCGAGAAAUUGCAGCUUGAAAUUGAAUUAAUGGACGAUCCACAGAGUUCUGAAUGCUGUUUCAUUGAACAAGCGCUUAAUGAACUUGCUUUGAGAGAAGAAAUUGUUUUGAAGCAGAAGAUAAAUGAAAAUCAAGACGUAGAAAAUCCUAUUGACGGUAAUUUAACUUUGGAGAGUGAUAAAGAUGUUGAUCAAGUUUCUAAUCAAUCUCAAAAUAACCAAAAUUUAUCAAAAUAUUUUUACUUUUAUCAAGCGGAAGAUGGUCAGCAUGUAUAUCUUCAUGCAAUGAAUGUUCGAAUGCUAGAGAUGCAAUAUGGCAAUCUAGAAAACAGCCCACAUUUGAUUGAAGGGAAACUUCUUGAAAGAGAAUCUGGAAGCUUCACCGAAGAUUUACGUAAACGAAUGCGUUAUCUAUGUCAUCUGCCAUUAACAUGCUCAUUCGAUAUCGUCGAAAUAGAAAUGAAAACACCACUAAUAUCAUCUGAAAUACUUGGUAUCUUUUAUGAUCAGAUUGAAGGAAGAAAAACCCGUCGGCAUCGCCGAGAACGUGAAGAGAAAAGGCGUGAAAAGAAAAUAACUGUUGAAGAAAAUAAACGAAUGGGAAAAUAUCCAACUCCGAAUGUUCAAAUUGGUUCACAUAAACACUUUCCAGAGUGGCAUCCAGAAUCACCGUCUUCAAGUUUAAAUAUUUCAUCACCGCUGGAGUCCAUAGAAGCGUUAAGUAUCGCCAGCAGUCCAACUCGCAAUUUAUGUGAGGACGAUAUAAUUGCAACGCAACAGUUUUCCAUGGAGGAAGCACAGUGUGAAGCUGGCCCUUCUUUUGCACAGAUGUUACGAAGUGAAGCCUUGAUAUCCAAUGAUUGGCCUUCUGUUAACGUGCAAAGAUCAUCAAAAAAUUCAGAAUCCGAAAUUCAUCAACGAAAAGUUGUUGUAUCUAAUGAGGACGAUUAUAUUGACAUGACAAUCCAGAAUCAGAGCUUGGGUGAUGUCCUUGCACAGGCACUGAAACAAUCGGAGCUACUUGACACUGCUAGUGGAAAUGAUGAGUUUGGGUCACGAAAAACUAAAAAGAAAAAGCGAGGAAAACAAACUGUGCUCUUUGCUUCUGGAAUGAAUCGAGACUCAUAA